UUUAACAACUAAGUGAUAAUAAUCUUUCAAAAGUCUGAUCCACUUUUGGGUUUCUGCUAUCUCUUUACAGCUUGUAAUUACUAUGCAUCCUUGGGCAUUUUUUAGAACACCUAAGCCAGCAAUCCGAGGGCUUGCCGCUCAUAAUCCAAUAUUUCGUUCCAUCUUCACCAAAUCGAAUGGCCACCAAUUAAAUGUUGGGUCCGGCGGUUCUAAUGGAUAUAGAAAGAAUGGAAUAGUUGUUGAAUCACUGUCUUCUGGCGUCAUUAUUGCUUGCUCAACCUUAGCGCUCUAUUAUAUUUCAUUCCCUUCUCAUAAUGAUUCUCAUAUUUGUUAUGCUAAUUCUGAAAGUAGAGGUGAAGAGCUAGGGAAAAAGCCGACUUUUUUAUUUGGAGAUUCAUACCGAAAAAAAGUUUUCUUCAAGUAUGAGAAACGGCUGAGAGUGCAAAGUCCUCCGGAAAAGGUAUUUGAGUACUUUGCAUCUUACCGAACUCCAAGUGGCGAAGUCUAUAUGACUCCAGUAGACUUAAUGCGAGCGAUUGUUCCGGUGUUUCCUCCAUCAGAAACAAGUGGUGUUAGAGGGGGCUAUCUUAAAGGAGAAUCAGCUUCCAGCGACCUACAUUGUGCUCCUUCCCAAUUUUUCAUGCUCUUCGAUACCAAUAAUGAUGGACUUAUAUCCUUUCCAGAGUACAUCUUUUUUGUUACACUACUGAGCAUUCCAGAAUCGAGCUUUUCAGAGGCAUUUCGAAUGUUUGACCUUGACAAUGAUGGAGGAGUUGACAAGGAAGAAUUCAAGAAAAUGAUGGAACUCAUGCGAACUGCUAAUAGACAAGGUGCUCGCCAUAGAAAUGGACUUCGAUUUGGACUAAAAGUUACUGGUUCCGUAGAGGAAGGAGGGCUCUUGGAGUACUUCUUCAGCGAAGAUGGAAAUGGGCGCCUUGAGCAAGAAAGAUUUGUGCAAUUCUUAAGAGAUUUACAUGAUGAAAUACUACGUUUGGAAUUUGCACAUUAUGACUACAAGUCACAAGGAAGCAUUUCUGCCAAAGAUUUUGCUUUAUCAAUGGUUGCAUCUGCUGAUAUUAGUCACAUCAAUAAGUUUCUCGAUCGAGUAGAAGAUCUGGAUGAUAAACCACAUCUUAGGGAUUUACGCAUUACAUACGAGGAAUUCAUGAGCCUCACUAACCUACGCAAAGAACUGCAGUCAUUUUCUCAGGUCAUCUUAAGCUAUGGGAAAGUAAACGGACUCUUGUCUAAGCAGGAGCUAAAAGGAGCUGCUAAGCAAGUUUGUGGCAUAUCCCUUACUGAUAACGUGGUAGAUUUGAUAUUUUUCAUGUUUGAUUUAGAUUGUGAUGGGUCUUUAAGUUCAGAUGAGUUCUUAAGAGUAUUGCAAAGAAGAGAGCCAGAGUGUUCAGAACAAAGAGAGUCAGGUUUCGUGAGCUUCUUCUCUGGCUGGCUGGACUCGACAAAAAGUAGUUUUGCUUCCAAGACCACUGGCUAAAGAGAAUGAUUUUGAUUUACUAACACCUUUUGACCGUUGAGAGAAUGAUUCAAACAUAACAGAUACUGAUAAAGAUUGUAGGGAAUCCAACAUUGUGGGGUGUUGAAAUUUCAGAUUUUUUAAAUCUAUGCAUUGUACAAUAUCUGCAUGUAAAAUAAUUCAUUGAUAAGCAUUGAAUAUGUGUUGUUCAACA